AUCCACUGUUUUGGAUAGAUAAUCCAUCAAAGAAAUGCCAGUUGAAGAGGAAGAGAACAACAAAGCGUUAUCCCCAAGCCCGGACACUGCGAUCACCAUAAUCGACGGGCUGGAAAAGUCAAAUGAUCAUAAAUUCACAGCCGAUGAUAUAGUUCCUGGUUGUAAAGUUUAUGUAUCUAAAGACGGUGAGUUCAGACUAGCAGAAAUCUUACAACAGCACGUCAAAAAAGGAAAAAGGAUUUUCUACGUUCAUUAUCAAGAGUUUAAUAAAAGAUUGGAUGAAUGGAUCGGGCUUGAUCGUAUUGAUUAUAAGAGGGCAAUAAUUGUUCCUGAAGUAAAAGUCGAAAAGAAAGAUGAGAAAAAGGAUAAACUGAAGGCACUGAAAAAAUCGAAAUCUAAAUCGAAGAAUGCUAAGAAUCAAAAGUCUGGAACCAAUACCCCACAACCCGAUGAAAAAGGAUCAGAAUCCCCGUUCACCAAAAAUGAAGAUGAGAUGGAUUUGGAUAAUUUAAAUGUCCAAGGUUUAAAGAGACCUGGUGAAGAAGUAAGUAGAGAAGAAGAGAUCAAGAAGUUGAGAACUGGUGGUUCUAUGACUCAAAAUCAUUCUGAAGUUGCAAGAGUGAGAAACUUAUCAACUAUUAUACUAGGUGAACAUAUAAUUGAACCUUGGUAUUUCUCUCCUUAUCCUAUUGAGCUUACAGAAGAAGAUGAGAUUUACAUUUGCGACUUCACCUUGUCUUAUUAUGGAUCUCGUAAACAGUUUGAAAGGUUUAGGACCAAAUGCUCCAUGAAACACCCCCCAGGAAAUGAGAUUUAUAGAGAUGAUAAAGUCAGUUUUUGGGAAAUUGAUGGAAGAAAACAAAGAACGUGGUGUCGUAAUUUAUGUUUACUUUCAAAAUUAUUUUUGGAUCAUAAAACUUUAUAUUAUGAUGUAGAUCCAUUUUUAUUCUAUAUCAUGACUAGAAAAUCGGAUCAGGGUCAUCAUGUCGUUGGUUAUUUCUCAAAAGAAAAGGAAAGUGCAGAUGGUUAUAAUGUGGCGUGUAUCUUGACUCUUCCAUGUUACCAAAAGAUGGGUUACGGUAAAUUGUUAAUCCAAUUCUCAUAUAUGUUAUCGAAUGUUGAAAAUAAAGUUGGUUCCCCAGAGAAACCAUUAUCGGAUUUGGGGUUGUUGUCUUACAGAGCUUUUUGGACUGACACCUUGGUUAAAUUACUAGUCGAAAGAAAUAAUCCAUCACUUUAUAAGAAAAAUAAUCCUCAACCAUUGGAUGAUUCUAAAGAGCUGACACCUCCAGCAAGCGGUAGAUCUGGGUCAAAUGGAGAAAUUACCAUUGAAGAAAUAUCAAGUCUUACAUGCAUGACAACUACUGAUAUUUUGCACACAUUAUCAACCCUACAGAUAUUAAGAUAUUAUAAGGGCCAGCAUAUCAUUGUCAUUACUGAUCAAAUAAUGAUGUUGUACGACAAAUUAGUCAAGAAAGUGAAAGAUAAAAAGAAACACGAACUAGACCCACGUAAAUUGAGUUGGACUCCACCGUUGUUCACUGCUAACCAAUUACGUUUUGGUUGGUAAAGUUCCCGUCUCAUGAUUUAUUCUAUAAUGAAGUUAACGAUUUUUGUAAUUACUUAUCCUACAUAUUUUUUUUAUAAUUGUACACUAUUAUCUAUAAUACAAGACAUUCUGGAUCAAUAAAUAAGAAUAAUAUUUAUAGGUCCUGACCC